AUGUUCUUUCGCUACACGAAAUGGCCGUGCAUGCGCAAGGACACCGGCGAGGAGAUCAGGAAGCCAGGCAAGCGAAACCCCGACAGCUACCACAACCGCCACACCGAGGCGAUCAGGAAGGCGACCUCAGGGCGACUGGGAACGGUGGGCGAGGGCAAGGACGAUCUCAAGUACAACGGCUGGAGCACCAAGGCUCCAAGCCCGUUUUGGGAUCUCCUGUGGAUGCGCCAGUCAUUCUUCCUCUGCUUCGGCAUCUGCCUGCUCCACCUCGAGCUGUUGGGCAACGUUAAGCGCCAUCUACGGUACAUGUGCGUCAAAAACGACAUCUCCGCCGAGCUCAACCAGCGGAUCAAGAGAUACAGCCUGUUUCCCAGCAAGAGCAGCUUCACGACGCGCUUUGAUUUCACCAAGAAGAACAAGAAGGGCGUCGCCUCCCUCACCGGCGGCGAGAUGGAGAGCCUGCUCCAGGUGCUGGAGGUGUGCCUCAAGGGCCUCAUCCAGAAGGAGGAGUUCAAAUGCUGGACCCUCCACAUCAACAUUGUGUACCUCCUCCAUGACACCAAGGAGUGGAGCAAUGAGCUCCUGCAGCAGCUGACCAACAACACGGUCCUGUGGAAGGAGCAAAUGGUACAACUCUAUGCCAACACCACAGAGAAGAGGAAGAACACAAAAAAGACUGGGAAGGAGAGGAAUAAGAAGGGAAAGGCGAAGAAGCAGGCGCGAAGGGUGGUGAUGGAUGGCGAAGAGCGCAAGCUGCUCAGUUUCGAAUUUCCCAACUUUGAGACAUGUGAGCAUUGGGCAGACGUGAUCAAGUUCCUUGGUCUGCCCAUGUUCAUGGACAUGAAGCUCUGGGAGGAGUGGCAUCUGGUGGCAAAGUGA